ACGACGCUCUCUCUCUGUUUCUGUCUCUCUCCCCCCACUCUCUCUCUCUAGAUUCUCCUCCUGCGAUCGUCUCGCUCCUCGUUAGGGUUUGUUUCAAUCGAAGAAGCAAUCGGGGAAGCAUCAGAUUCGGCAGUUGCCGCCUCGCCUCAGUCUCUGAUUUCUUCGGGAUGGAGUCCCCGAUGUCCAAUUUCCAGCUGGGCCAGCUUCGGCGGUCGAAUUGCGGCAUUGCGGAGUUCUUUCGCGGGGGAAUCUGAAGCAUGAUCUGUUUCUUGGGCAGUUGGGAAAGUUCGGUGGUCGGUGGAUUGCGGGGUCAUGGUCUGAGAUGUCAAUUGGUUGUUCUGGGAGGUUAUCGUUAUCCGUUUACUGAAUCGGGGGUUGUUCUGGUGAUUUGUUAAUGGCGGAUGUGGUACAGCUCGAGGACUUCUGAUCUCUCAAGGAAGGUCAAUUUUGUGGCGGAAAGGUAACCUUUUGGACAUUUCGUGAAGCUUUUGGCUUGCUUGCUGGGUAUUCCCCGCAGAAAUUGCUUGGUAUUUGAAGGAUUUAAGGUGGAUAUUCCUCGAAGGCUGAGGUUGGUGGUUAAGCGGCCAUCUCUGAAGACUCUUCUACUCCAGUUCUCGCUUCUUCGAUUAAAAGCUGGGUCUUUGCAGAACUUGAAUUGCCAUUCAAAGUCGCCGAGGAAGGGGGAUUCAAUUUGGGAUUUUGCUUGGUUGGGUCUGUUCUAUGAUUUGGAACGACAAUAUGGCCGCAGGCACUGAUUUAUCGUGUCCAUUCACGAUGCUGGAAGGUAAUUACGAGAAUGUCUUGACAACCGAAGAUGAAAGUUUAGAUAGCUUGAAACAGUUGACGAGCGGGAAACCACCACGGCACCUCUCUACAGUUCAACAUUGUGUGAUAUCAGCAAGGUUGCUCCCUGCCACUGAUUCGGAAUCAGAUGGUGCUACUAAUGGCAGCAAUUCUCCCUCCGAUGAAAAAUUGGAGUUCAUGCCUGUAUUUCGCUCAGGAUGCUGUGCUGAAAGAGGGCCAAAACAUUUUAUGGAAGAUGAACACAUUUGCAUUGAUAAUCUUGUUUACCAUUUGGGCAAUACCACGGAUUGUCCUUCCCCUGGGGCUUUUUAUGGGGUAUUCGAUGGUCAUGGUGGUACUGAUGCUGCAGUGUUUGUUCGGGAUAACAUCUUAAGGUUCAUUCUUGAGGAUUCCCACUUUCCAGUUUCUAUGGAGAAGGCAAUAAAGAGCGCUUUUCUGAAGGCCGAUUAUGCAUUUGCUGAUGCCUGUUCUUUGGAUAUCUCUUCAGGCACCACUGCUCUGACUGCUGUCAUUUUUGGAAGAACAAUCGUAGUUGCUAAUCUUGGGGAUUGCCGGGCUGUGUUGGGAAAACGGGGUAGAGCAAUCGAGCUUUCCAAGGAUCACAAGCCCAACUGCACGUCCGAGAGGCUAAGGAUUGAGAGGUUUGGGGGAGUUGUCUAUGAUGGGUAUCUUAAUGGUCAAUUAUCUGUGGCACGGGCCCUAGGAGAUUGGCACAUGAAGGGUUCCAAGGGCUCCGCCUGCCCUCUGAUUGCAGAGCCUGAGUUACAGGAGCUGAGUUUGACUGAAGAUGACGAGUUCCUGGUCAUGGGGUGCGAUGGCCUGUGGGAUGUGAUGAGCAGUCAGUGCGCCGUCACGAUAGCGAGGAAGGAACUGAUGCUUCACAACGAUCCUGAGAGGUGCUCUAGAGAACUGGUCCGAGAGGCCCUCAAGCGCAACACCUGCGACAAUCUGACUGUUAUCGUCAUCUGCUUCUCCCCAGACCCUCCUCCCAGAAUUGAGAUACCUCAGACCCGAGUUCGGAGGAGUAUAUCAGCAGAAGGACUAAAUCUUCUUAAGGGCGUGUUGGAUGGAAAUCCGUGAGCAGAAGAAAAGAGAGGUUUGACGGGCCAUAUGGGGACUCAGAGCGGCCACUGUCGGUCGGGUCAUAUUCCUGUUCUUCGUUCUCUCACCGAAUGAAGGCUGCUGCUCGAGCAUAUAAGGCUGACACAGGCACGUUUCUUGCCAAGUAGUCCCACCUGCUCAUCGCAUCACAGCUCGAAUUAUUUAUGUUGUUGUUAUGAAAUAUAUUGUUUGUUAAUUGAUGAUGAGGUUCAGUUCGCUUGAACAAUCUGUGAUCGCUGUAAAUAUGUUAAAAAUUUGAGAGGCCUAGAUGGCUCUACCAUUUUUUUCUGCUAUUGAAAUAUUCUUCCUCUUGUUACUUUA